AAAAUAAACGACCAAAGACUUAGAGGUAAUUGAAAAGAUUAGUAGUCGAAAGAAAGAGCUUAAACAAGAAGGACUUGAAAGAAAAUUAUUUUAAAAAUAUUUAAAAAAAAAAUGUUGCAGACAAAGUUUUAUAGUGUAUUUUUAAUAAUUUCUAUAGUGCAAUUUUCCUGGGCAGGAGUUAUAAGACCUCCUUCACCCAUUAUCAGUGAUGAGGCUAAAGAAGAAUUUGAAAGACAAGUGCGUUUAGAAACUGAAGAGUUUCUUAAUAAUAUUUUCAAAAAUCAAAUCGGUUUCUUUAAUAAAGUAAAAACAUCUUUGGAUCCUGCUACACAGCGUUAUAAGGAUAUAGAAACCUAUGUGGGUAAAUUGGAGGUGGCCAAAGAAGAGAAAAGUUUAGAUAAAAAAGAUGAAUUAUAUUUUGAUUCUUUAAGAAAGAUCGACAAAUCUACUUUGUUUCUCAAUGAACGUCAAGAAACCGGUUUAGAAGAUGAUGAUUAUCAAAAGAUCUUAGAGGAAAAUGGUCUUAAAGAUUUAAUGAAAAAUUUCUUAGCCGAUGUUGCGGUAUAUUUUUGGAAAAUGGCUAAACAUAGCGGUAAAGUGGUAGAGUCCACUAUGGAUCGUUUUAUUGAAAAUAUGCAAAAAGAUAAAGUUGUAUUUUAGAUUUAAGAAAAAACCAUUUGAAAAAAUAUAACAGUAAAUUAGUUUUUAGUGUAAAAAAUAUAUUAAAAUUAGUGAAUUUU